AUUCUCCCAAAAAUCUCUGGUUUUUAGGGCACAGGGCUAAUGUGGAUGUGGACGAUUGAACAAGUGAUCAAUUGAGAGGUGCUGAAUGGCUAAAAUUUGCCACAUAAUGCCUGGACGUGGCAUAACUAUGAUUGGUCCUGCUUGGAAGCUUCCUACCUGUGAUUUUUUUUUUUUUUUUUUUUAAUUUUUUUAGGCCAGCUAACUUUCUCUUUUGUUCUCUUUUACAAACCCCUACUCCAGAUCAGAGUCCCUUCCUCCCAGCUCUUCAACUCUAAUAUCUGAAUCGAAAGAUACAUCUCUGUUCUAGUUUUUCUUUUUUCUUUUUUUUUCCCCUUGAUUCCUUUAUUUAUUCCAUCAUACUUUUUUAUCUCUUCUCGUGUUCUCUCUUCUUGCUUGUGUAUUGUUCUGGUUGGAGCUGUCUUGCAUUUUUUCUUUUGUAACUCAUUCGGGUUCUUCAUUGGGAGUUUAAUCUAUUCUGUCUCUUCCUAACUAUAAAGCUGACUGCUUUCUUCCUUAGCGGGAAUCCUUUCAUUUCUUCAUUAUUUUCUUCUAUUCCUUUUAGGUAGUACCGGAUCCUUCCCUGUUUCUUCUUUUUUUGGUUCGUAUUUCGUUUUCCUCCUUUUUAGGAAUCGAGAAUCGUCUCGUUCUUGGUGUGGUAAGAGUUCUCUUGCGCUUAUUUAUUUAUUUUCUAGCCUCUCUCCUCAUUUUCUCUUCUAUAUUGUGUGUGCUUGUUUGGUAAAUAACUUGUUAUAGCUGUUGUCAUUCUUUCUUCUAGACCCGCGAUUUUCUGCUUGGGGUUGCAAAUUUUCUGAAUUCUGACCGAAUUCAAUGGCUCAAGGCUAUGGAGUUGAGCUCUACUUCGAUCCUGCAUUGGAAAACCAAGUCUUGAAGGCUUGGAACGUCCUUGCUCGUCGCCAGAUCAGUACCCAGCUUAUUGAGAUGGAAUCUCGACCGCACAUUACUCUCUUCUCUAGCCCCGCCCUCGAUCCUCCGAAACUGGAGAACGUCGUAAAGACCUUUGCUUCUAAGCAAGAGCCAUUGGCUUUGUCUUUCUCUUCCAUUGGAAGCUUCCCCAACGAAGCUAAUAUUCUCUUCCUUGCUCCAACACCCACUCUUUCACUCCUCCAAUUCCACUCACAACUUUGCGAUGCAUUGAAGAAGGAAGGAGUUGAAAUCAGUGAGGAUUACAGCCCAGACUCUUGGGUUCCUUACUGCUCUGUUGCACAACAAGUCCCCAAGAAUCGGAUGGCAGAGGCAUUCAGUGUUUUGAGGGACCUGAAGUUACCUGUUACUGGGUACGCUAUGGAUAUUGGAUUGGUUGAAUUUUCACCGGUUCGUGAGCUCUUCUCGUUUCCCCUUGGGAAUGCGGCGGAAGCAUGAGGCAGAAGAUUGAGUCUUGAAAAUCAGUAUGCCCAAAUAAUUGCUACAACCAGGAAGAAUGGCUUGAAGUGACUCUUGGAGUGGGGAAUGAUCUUUUUCAACUUUAUCUCCCUCAAUUGAUGAAAUUCCGGUGAUGGUGAAACAGUUGAGAAAGGAUAUAGGUAAAUGGAGGAAACUAGUAGCUUGGUUAUAGAAAUUUAAUUGAUUAGAUUCCUUAGUUCUCUUUGGUACAUUUAACUACAGAUUUUGAUGCUAAUGUUGUAAGUUAUGACUCCAUUAAUCUUGAACUUAAUGUAGAAGAAUCUGGAAAUUCUAGUGGUAAAGAGAAUUUUGGAUCAGUAUAAAAGCUGGUACAGCUUUGAUACAA